CCAGCGGGCGUAGAGGGAACUGGUGGGCCGGCGCUUUGCGGCUGUCCCCGCCUUCUACCCCUCCCCUCCCCCCUCCUCCACCCUCCUGGAUGGGUAGGGAAGGGGCUGGCCUCUGGCAAGGGCGGAGGCUGGAAGCGGGAGAGCCUGGGCUUUGCGACUCCUGGCUGAGGCCGAGGCCAAGAUCGUCCAGAGUGUGGGAGGCAUGCGUGGCGGGGGGCCGGGGGAGAGGGCCCGGGAAGCCCGGGAGGCUGUGGCCGAGUGCAGGGCAGCGUACGAAGCGCUCAACAGGUUCACCGCGAGCUACAGGCAGUUGGUGCUGGGAGUGGGCAGCUCGGCGGACGGGAGGAGGCUGCGCCGGGCUCUGGAGGAGAGCGGUCGCAGGGGCUUCGAGCUGAGUCUAGGCCUUCGGAACCAGCUUUUGGCCGAGCUCACAGAACCGGGAACUAGGCAGGAGGAAGAGGUGAAGAUGGAGCUGGAGCGGAUCUGGGUGCUAUGUCUGUCUGCCCUGGAGAUUUUCCUGCAGGAUCUGGGUCGGGCCCAUGACCUCAGCCAGCUCUUCCCCAUGCCAUCUCCAGCCCCAGGGAUCCAGUUGGUCAAUACUGGGGUCACAUCCUUUGGGCCUAAGGGAUGGAGCCUGAGAAGGCCCAGUGGGAAGGCCUCUGAAAGAGCUGGGGAGCUGCCUGAGGAGCUGGCCCAGUGGGGGCAACGCCUGGAAGAGAUGCUCUUGGAGAUGGAGACCAAGGUCAACGUACCAGUGUGGAGUGUUGAGGCCACAGUGGGUGGUCCUGGAGCAGAAGAACCAAGCCCAGAGGGCUCAGCUGGGAGGAGUCCUCAGGGCUGCUGUGCCCAGGCUCCCCCUGGGCUGCAGUGGCAUUGUGUAGUGGCAUGAAGGAGCCUGGCUCUAGAGAAGGGGCAUCUCUCCCCUAACCUCCCAAGAGUCCCAGCAGCACCAUGGAUGGUCCCGACCCAUUUGAAGAGAUUGUCUGACUCUGGGAAGGCAGAAAUUCCUUUAUCUCCAGACAUCUGCAGAGGAAGAAUAAUCAGGGUGGGGUUGCUGAACAAGUAGCCUUAGAUGAUCCCAAGGGUCCCUUCCAGAAUCCUGUGCCUCUAAAGGGGAGGGAGAAUAGUUGGGCGAAGAGGCAACAGUCCAAGAUUUGCUUAUAGCUGAUCCCAAUAAAAUACAAUCUGACUGA